AUGAACACAUACUAUGCAUAUGAGAGUAAAUUUUAAAAAUUUUAUCUAAUACGAAUAAUAUAAUUAUUCGAAGAUAAAACUCUAAAGUUGGCAUUCAAAGAAAUCAAACUAUAUUCAAAUAACUAAACACCAAGAAAAAAAAUGUAAAUUUAAGAACAAAGUUAAUAAAUAUAUGAUGGAUAAAUGUAUAUUUCAACAAAGGAAUAUACAGAAAUUCUUUAAUCAUUACCAAAAUUAUAGACAUAAGUUAAUUUAUCUGAACAUUUAAAAAAAUAAAUAGGAUUAAAUAAAAAGGGUUCUUUUACUUCAGUGAAAGAAACAGUAUCUCUAAUAAAACAAAAAUAAGAAAAAGAAUUAGAAGAUCUUCAUGCUUAGAAAGUUAUUAAUAACUUUUUAAAAAUGAGAUCAAUGAAUAGUAUAGGGUAAAAUUAAAUUAACAAUCAAUCUUUGGAAACAUAAUAAAAAAAUAAACAUCAAGUUAACAUAAAAUUAAUAUUGGUUUUAAUAAUCAUUUUGUUCAUUUAUCUCUUAGAUGAUUGUUAUUUCAAAUGA